AUGUCUGGGGGGCGGGAGGAGGGGUCUCACGCUGCUGCUGCUGCGGAGAAUCCCACCACUAAUGUGCAGCGGGUACGGCGGCGGACGAGGGCGGGGCCUUAUGGCUACUCGGAGCAGCAACCCCUGACGCAGCGCCGAAGGGCGGAAGAAACACCGCCGCCGCGGCCAAAGUGGACCCUUGAGAGUCGCGUGGAGGAGGUACUGAUGGAGGGAGAAGCCCCAGCCAGAGAGAUGCUGCUGAACGACUUCCUUCGGGAGUACGUUGGCCCCAAGUGCGCCGUGGACGACGACGACAAUGUUCCGAUGGGGAUGUUUGCGCGGAGACCAGACGAGUACGUCCUCGACACGGUGCUCCUCGAGGGCAUUAUCGAGUUACCAGCGUACCAGCCGUACGCUCUUCGUGAAGAUUUGCGCGGGCUUGUGGAGAACGGGGCGGUCACGCUCCGAGACCUGAGGGGUGUUUUCUCGUGGUUGUAUAGCGUCUCUAGUACGGCGUCAGAGAAACUCAGCGCAGCCCUUGAGGUGGUGAAGACAGAAGCGGCAGGGCGGGAAGAAAACGAAAGGGCAAGGCUGGAGGAGGAACUUGCCAGCCGGCCGCUGCCGGAGGGUUUCUACGACUCGGUGUUCAACGCGAAAUGGAGCCAAGUCUUGGAGGUUCCCGAGGGCGUGGGGGAAGAGGCGGCGGUGCGAAUGGAGGUGAAGGAGGGACAAGCACCAAAAAAGUCGUGGGAGUUCAACGAUGGCAGAUUUUUUGGGCUGGAGAGUGACGAGGUAGGCCAGUUCCGCCCGCCGCGCCCCACGCUGAGGGUUCUCACCUCCGAGCAGGGCUGGCCGCACUUGCUGCGGGAGGGAACAUUCACCACCGACUGCUACGUUAACUCCGAGGUGGAGCGGGUGUGGCAGAUCGUCGAAAAUGACCUGCACGAGCUUUUCCACUGUGACGAUGGCGGGCUGCCUGACGUGCAACCACACUUCCUGCUUGGGACGUACGGGGUCGGGCGGUGGAUGGAUGCCGGCGCCUACAUCCUAUACAGACUGCUGCACUACAAACACUACCCAAUUCGUUAUGUUGUCUAUUGCAUUGGAAGCGAGUUGGCGUACGUGUUUGACAAGAAAGAGAAGACGGUGACAAAAUGCGGGGGUGCGGAGAAGAUCGAAGAAACCGUGAAUCAGUUGGAUUUUCAUCCUGAAGAGAGAGAGUUUGUUAUCUACGAUGUGGCGGAGGAGGGAGGACCGCCGUUGUCAGAAUUGCAGCCCUACGCAUGGGGCAUGAUUGUAGUGGCGUCCCCGAACGGCAAUAACUUCGGAGAAUGGGUGUGGGAGGCGAACCGCCGUCGUGAACUGUCAUGA